AUGCCACCACGAACUAAUAGACCAAUGAACGCCCAAACACAAUGGAAAGAUCAAGCAAGUAGUCUGUCUCCACAGAAUCUGAAUGAGCCAACUUAUACCCUACCCGGGGUGAUCAAUUACCUUACAUCUGAAUUUACCAAUUUGGAAAGAUUCAAGAUCAUGACUAAUUUGGAAAAGUCUGAAAUGAAAUACAGGAUUCUACACCUAGAAGGUGAGAUAAAGACCUUGAAAUAUGCUAACCAGAAGCAGCAAGCGAGGAUAGACAGUUUGGAAAAGGAAAAUAGACUUUUGAAAAGUAAAAAUAAGGAUGAACUAUCAAAAGAAGAACCCAUUGUCACGAAUACAUCACCAGAACCAGAUUUAGAAUCAAUCAAGAAGUCUAGGCAACAAUUGAAAGAAUCAAUGAAAGAGAUUAUAUCGUUGCUAAAAUCGCCGUCAACGAGAUUAGGCGAGCUAAGUAUAUCAGAAGGAAACCAACACGAACUUGAAGAGAUGAUUGAUAAUAGUGAAGACGAUUUUGUAUUUGGACACGGGUCCAAUUCGCCAAAGUCUAACCUCAUAGCUCAAUUUUUUGACGAUGAUGAUAAAGAUGAGAAAAAGGAGGAUGAUAAAGAUGAAGAUGUCUUAGAGCGUUCCAUCACCAAUGAGAGCGAUGUGACAGUAAUAGAAAGUGGAGACGUUGAAGAGAGACCACCAGGAGCCGAAGUAAAGAAUGACGAGAUUUCAACAACCAGAACUUUUGAAAAUAAUGGUGUUACUAUCGAACUAGCCACUUUUAAAGACAGGCUGACCAUCACAACGUCCAUGAAUGGCGAUACAACCACCAAGGAAGUCAUUAUAAAUAACCCCGAUGAGAUUCGAAACGCAUUUGCACUAACUAAUGAGAUAUUCCUAAUAGUUGGAAAAGACAUCAACUUGUUAACAGAUGGAGGCAAAGAAAAAGUAUUGAUUCCUGUAAAGAGCAGCUUUUCACGGAUAGAUUCCACCGCUCUUAUAAAUAUGACCACACCUAACGAUAAAAGCAAGACAUUUGGUCUAGCCAUUAGUGGGUUUUCAAAUGGAACAAAAUCAUUCUUGUCUAAAAUAUACCAACUCACCGCUGAAGAACAAAUUAAAUAUAAAGAAAUUGGCAGCUUUAAUCGCAAGUUCCUAACUAAGAACAAAAGUGGAUCUAAUAUCGUAUUCGUUGGUUGGAAGUAUGAGGAAACUGAAUCUGCGCCAUCUACACCUAAUAAAGUGGUAAAAUCUCCACCACCUUCACCUAGUAAGAAUGGAAACAAAAAUAAUACUGAUUCAAGGUUGGGACUAUACAACGUGAUGUACCGAAUUGGAGAUCAAAACUGCAAGGUGAAUCUAUCCCUGAAGCAAGUAGCAGUCAUAGAUUAG